AUGUCAAUCAAUAUUUGCAGAGACAAUAAUGACCCUUUCUACCGUUAUAAAAUGCCUCCUCUACAGGCUAAAGUGGAAGGUAGAGGUAACGGUAUCAAGACUGCAGUUUUAAACGUUGCAGACGUUGCUCGCGCCUUGAACAGACCAUCUCCCUACAUUGUGAAAUAUUUUGGUUUUGAAUUAGGUGCGCAAACGAGUAUUUCUGUCGACAAAGACAGAUACUUGGUGAACGGUUCCCAUGAGCCCGCCAAAUUGCAAGACGUGUUGGACAAGUUCAUUGCCAGUUUCAUUCUCUGUGGAAGCUGCAAAAACCCAGAGACCGAAAUUGUGAUUACCAAGAACAGUGAUUUGAUAAGAAACUGUAAGGCUUGCGGUAAAAGAACACCAAUGGAUCUGAGACAUAAGUUGUCUUCCUUCAUCCUGAAGAACCCACCAGAAUCCAUGGAAGGUAAGAACAAAAAGAAGGCUGCCACCGCCUCUGCCAAUAUUCGUGGUGGUGGUGUUUCUAUCAGUGACAUUGCUCAAGGAAAAUCGCAGUCCUCUGCCCAAGCUGAUGCUGAGACGGCAGGUGACUCGGACGAUGACGAACUAGCUCGUCAGAUCAACGCUGCUGCUUCUAGCUUACAAGAAAUUGAAGUGAACAACGAUGACUGGGCAGUUGACAUGUCUGAGGAAGCUAUUAGAGCCCGUGCUAAAGAACUACGUGCUGCGAACGGUGAGGACCAAGAACUGACUUCCUUGGAAGAAUACGGUGAAUGGAUCUUGAAACAAGAUGAAUCACCAUCGGAUGUUGAUUUAUACAAGAAAGCCUCUGAGCUUGACCUACUGCAGGAUCCAAAAAUUGCUUGCGUGCUUGCCCAAGCUCUAUUCGAUGAGGACAUAGUGGAAGAAAUUUCUGAGCACUCUGCUUUCUUCAAAAAACUCUUUGUCUCUGAAGAAUUUGAGAAUCAGUUUUUGGGCGGUAUUGAAAGAUUUUUGGGUCUGGAACACAAAGCUUUGAUACCUGCAUUGCCUAAAAUUUUGGUACAGCUAUACAACAACGAAGUUGUCUCCGAAGAAGUAAUUGUCAACUUUGGUACCAAAUGCUCUAAGAAGUUUGUACCAAAGGAUGUCUCGAAGAAAGUGCGUAGAGCGGCCAAGCCCUUCAUUACAUGGUUGCAGACCGCCGAAUCUGAAGAUGAGGAUGACGAAUCAGAGUAA